AUGGCGGCGGCGACGGAGGAAUUGCAGUUCCUGGGAUCCAUCCCUGGGCCGGAAAGCGCGGGGGAGGUCGACGGCGCUGUGGCGGAGGAAGGACGACCGCGAGGCGGCGACGACGAGGAGAUCCUGCGAUUCAUGGACUCGGUGGACGGCUACCUCCUCCUCAUGAACUCGCUAUCCUCUGCUCUUCGUCAGGGCUGGCUUGAUCUGGCAAGUGCUCGCCAUUCUAUGGGCCCAUCACGUGUUUUGAGUACACUGUUUGAUCACAAAGAGCAGUCUGCUGCCACUAAGCUUCAAGUUGUUGAUCAUGAUGGCCUGAAACCAUCAGAGCCAAAACCACACUUUGCUCUAUCAAAGUGGUCUUUGCAAGAAGAAUGUUACUCCACCUAUGAUGUCAGUGAGAGAGCUUUUACUGAGCCAAAGAUGAGGCAUCGAGGAUCAGUUACUACCCCAGAAAAUGGAAACCAUGAAAGUGCAAACACCACAGCAUCGUCUACUGGUGCUGAUGCUAGCAAUCAUGUUCAAAGAGCGAGAUCAAAAGCAUUAUCAGUCUUUGGAGGAUUGGUGUCUCCAAAACUAAGAACCGCCCAACUUUCAUUUGAAACAGCACUUGACUUGAUUGUGGAGCUAGCAAAUUCAAGGUCAAAUAUGUUAGCUAGUUUCUCCCAGUUAAAAGAGUGA